AUGAAGACGACCUCGAGCGCUCCGCGGACGGACGCGGCCGAUGCGUCCCCCCAUGGCGCCCGCGCGAUCCGCCGGACCCUCGCGCACCAGAAGCACGAGCGGCGCCUCGAGCGCGAGAUGAAGCGCGAGCGAACGGCGCUGGAUGCGAAAGCGUCGCAGUGGCAGGACCAUGUGCGACUCAAGAAGAAGUUGCGCAGUGUCCACGCUGUCACGAACGGCGCGAUGAUGCUGCAGUGCUUGACGAUGGCCCAGCCGCUGUCGCGGGCGGCCAAGCGGCAGCAGAUCCAGGCCAUUGACGCGGCCAAGAUGAGUGCGAUCGAGCAGAUCGAGAGCGUCCCGAUUCUCUCUUCGCAGCGGCGUCGUCGGAUCCGGUCGUUUGAGUCCAAGAUGCGCGCGGUCGUCCGCUGCCCGUCGCUGCCGCUGCUUGCGCCGGUGGAGCCCGUAUCGCGCGCCAAGAGGAUAGUCGACGCGAACCCUCUCUUCUACCUCUAUCUAUGGCAGGGCAUGGAGCGAUUUAGCAAGCCGCAGCUCGAGCAAAUGCUCCUGCAUCCCGCAGACCUCGACCUCCUCAACAAGCACACGGAGCAGUGCCUCGAUACGAUCCUCGAGUGCGGCCGGCAUGCGGCAGGCCUCCACCUCACGCACGCCGCACCGUUCUUGCACGAGGUGGCGUUUGCCGCGCACGUCGUCGGUGCCCACGCGUACGCGCAAACCGAGUUGCGCCAGCCAUCACUCGUGUACCCGCUGCCUCUCUACGAAAAGUCGGUCGUUAGCAGCAGCUGCAAGGCGAUUCGGCACAGCCUCGUCUUCUUGCCGUCGCACUUUCAGGACGACGACAACCGGUUCCCGGAUCUCGCCGAGCUCGUCGACGCUACCGUGCGCGCGGCGCCCGAGAUCAUGCACGAGGUCGCACGCUGGACGCAGCCCGUGCCGUCACCGAGUACGCUCGCGGAGCUUGUCGCCGAGUUUCAAGAUGCUGCGGGCAACCUCGAGCGCCUCUUGCUCGAGUCACCUUCGUGCCUUGCGUACGUCUCGAACGCGGUCAAGGCCCUCUGCGUGCAGCUCCUCUCGAUCGUCGAGCGGGCGCUCCUUGCGCAAUGGGCAGCGUGGGCCCGCGACAUGCCCGAGUGGUUUGUGCUCAACCGUCAACACAUCGACCAGCUCCCGGCGCCGUCGGCGUACCUCGCGGAUGCGAUGGCCGCGUCGAUGCCCAAGCCCGUGCACCUGCGGCCGGACGCCUCGGCCCGGGACCGCUGGCUCCAAUCCCACGUCGAGCAUUUCACCAUUGCCAACGCGCGCUGCUACCUCCUCGACGAGCCAAUGCAGACCAAGUACCGUGACGAGAUGGUUGCGCACGCCGCGACGCUGCGGUACAUUGCGUACAUGCGCCUGGACGCGAGCGUCAACACGGAGUGGCCGCCCACGCUGCGUUGGAACGAGCGCUUGGCCGAGGCGGCGGCGCGCCUCGACGUGCUCGCCAAGCAGUUUAUGCUCCACGAGUGGUGCGUCUCGUUCAUCCAGAGCCAGAUUCGACAUCGCCACACGCGACAUACGAAUCCCAAGCUUAUCAAGGAAGAAGCGCAGGAUCUACCGCCGCCGCCGACGACGACCGAGGACGAUGGGCCGGACACGGCCCUGCACAACAUGGAACGCAUCGAGGAGUAUGAUGAAGACGACGAACACCAUGAAGACGAGGACGCCGACGCGCAGCGCGAUGCCAAUGUGGAAGAUGCGACGCGCGAUGAUGACGAUGACGACGCUGACAGUGUCGAUCACGACGCGUUUGCAGCUCCCCACCCCGUUAACCAGGACCCGAUGGAUGAUGACGCGGACGCCAAUGACGAUGGCGAGGACACGUGCGACCGGCGCGAUGACGACGACAGCUACGUCGUAGAGGACACGAUCAGAGAUGAUGUCGUGGCCAGCGGCAACGAGGCGGACAGCAGUGCCGACGCAGCGAUCGGUGCAAAUGGCGACAGCAGUGCCGACGUCGAGAUGGUCGCCGACGAAACCCUUGGCGCCAACGACGAGGUCGCGGGUGACGUCACUAUCAACGACCAGACGGCCGAAGUUUCUUUGGCCGACGACGCCGGCGUUAACGUUGCGAUGGACACCGACGAGUUGUCUCGGUCGGAGAGCAGCCAUGCAGCCAAUGACGAGCCUUCCAUCCAUGGCAACAACCACGAUGACACUCGGACAACCUUGGGUCCAGAGAGGGUCGAUGCGCCUUCGAUCGCCAAGAAAAGCAAGAAGAAGGCCAAGAAGGACGCAAGAAAAGGAGGCGCGCCCCGUCGUCGGUACCCGCGCCGGUUUACGAUCGAUUUGACCAACGAAGACGACGACGACGACGACGAGAGCUCGGACACGGCCAAGGAGAGCGAGGAUGCGGACCUCGAAGAAAAGGCGCCGCCUCUUCCUUGCGUUGCGACGCCGAGUGAUGACGAAGAAGACGAUCGGCCGCUUUCGAUGCUCAAACGGUCGGCGCGGACAACCAACGACGUGCGAUUCGUGCUCGUAUCCGACACGAUCUUGGAGACUGCGAGCGACGAGAAGGCGCCGGCGCGCACCGACUCGGACGACGAGGUCGCCGCGAUGGAAGCCAAGCCCCGGCGCAAGCGCAGCGUUGGGAACGCGCCGCUUCCAUCGAGCAAGCGGCCGUGCGACGAAGCGACGUCACGUGGCCGGUUCCGUCCCAAGCCCAACGCCCAGAUCGACUUGUUGUGCCAGCAAGCCAUGUCGCGCAUGCUGCACACGAUCGAGACGAGUCUCGGGUGUCCCGGCAUGUCGUGUGGCCACGCCUUCACCUGUGCUCGCUGCAAGCACUGUGCAAGCCACUGCACGUGUCGACCGGCGACCCGCGCGCCACCACCGGCGACGCACUUGCCCAACUUUGUGCCCGUCGAUCGACUUCGGAACGAGCAAGAGUUUGUGUUUCAAGCUGCCCGUGCGCGCGUACGCCGGCGCCUCCGCGUCGAGCCGUCCUCGGCGGCGUCGCCGACGCCGACGUACACCAAGUGCCUCGAGGGACCGCAGCUCUGGUCGUCGCGGCGCAUUGUAGCGCUGUGGAACGCGACUAAAGACGCGCAUGGCGUCCUCGGUGUCCCCAAGCACGCGUCGUGGGGCACCGUCAAGAACCAAUACCGGGCGCUCGUGCUCAAGCUGCAUCCGGACAAGAGCCACAGCACCCCGGAGAAGGUGUCGGCGUUCGUCGCCGUCACGACCGCGUACAAGCGACUGCGCAGUACGUUUCAGGCGCCGUGA